ACAAUCCUAUCGCACCAUGACCCUCUCUCUGGUGAACUACUAUCUGCCAUAAAAGGCUGCGUUCCAAAAACUCCAAAGGGCUAUGUUCAGAAAUUCUCCUCGACAGAUGUCGCACCACCACCACAGCUGUGCGCACCAACUUCGGACCGUUUCAGACACGGUCUUGUACAGCAGCCUUGCAUAAUGAUUAUGUUAGAUUAGACGCUAGAAUGACGAUGAUUAUGUUAGGUUAGAUCGCACAAUAGAUCAUCGUCUAGUUCGUAUGUAACAAUUGACUGAGAUACUGUUAUGGCUUCCCUGGUCGCGGAUUACGGCACUUCCUCUGGUUCGGACAGCGAGACGAAUGACGAUAUUUCGAACAAUAUCAAUGAUAAUUUCUUUAAGGAGGACGAGAAGGAGGUAGAACAGAUAAGGGAAAAUGAGGAAGAGGAGAAUGAAGAAGAGGAGGAAGAAGCGGAUGAGGAAUCGAGAGGGAACAACAGUGAGGACAGGGAGAAUGACGAUGGAUACUUGGUGAGAACGACGACCGAAGCAGCUUCCAGAGAAAAGCUUCCAUUGCCAACGCCAGAUUUCGACAGCGCGCCUACGUUGCUGCGCACGUCGGUGUUCUCGAAUCCGUUCGUAGAGGCGGAACGGGCAAAGAGCGCGAUAUUGGAGAAACAUGUGAAAAUGACGCCGACAUUGGACGACACCAAGACCAUCAACGGUCGCAAGAUCUGCUGGAACUACCGAAAAGGUCGCUGUCGCUUCGGCCACAACUGCGCCUUCGCCCACGACUCGGAUCUGCAUCGUAGCGCGGUCGAGCUGGAGGCGUUGCGUGCACCCCAAGAGACGCUCGUCUGCCAGACGCGAUACAACAAUGGUCAGCAACAAUGGCAACAGCAGCAGCAACAACCGCUAAACGAUACUGGCGACGACGAGAACGACGAGGUAGAUCAGGAGAACAAUCGAAUGGGCAACAACAGGAAGCGCAAGAAGAGGCCAGGUCUCAGUCAAUGGUUGCUUCCCAGCAAAAGGGUCUUCAAACUGUACAAAGCACAACAAACCAAAACCGUAGAUGAAUACUGUUAGGUAAUCUGACGAAAAGGGGUGAAGUGGGAAGGCAAAUGUGGGAGAGAAAAUUCAGACGGGCGGCGAUGUAUAAGAGGGAAUAUGUGAAGAGGUUUACACUCGAUCGUUGCUUCCCAAUAAGAGGGUCUUCAAGCUGUACAAAGCGCAACAAACCAAAAGCGUCGCUAGAUAAAUAACGUUAAGUAGUCUCGAUAAAGGAAAGUGGGGAGGACAAGUAAGAUGGUUUCGAGAGAGAUAAAAACGGGAGAAAAGGCGAGUAUUAUUUAACGUAGUUAUGGGAGAAAUGCAUUAAGGAGAGGAGCUCGUAGAAGCUUUUAAUGCGGGGUUUAAGGCUCGGCUCCCUCCGCUAGUCAUAUUGGUUUUGUGACGUCAUAUGCGGUAAGUUUCUUGCAACAUGUAGCUUUACUUUUUAAUUUUGUGUCUCCAGAAACAGACAAUGAUUUCGUAAUCUUGAAACCUGUAAAAUGUGCAGAAAACUGAGAUAUUUGGCCGAUAUGUCACGCAAGAUCGCAAAAUAAUUCUUGAAAUAACAGAUCAUUUUUCAGCCAUACUCUCGAGCGGUUGUGACCUGUUAUUUCAUGAAUUAUUUUGCAAUUUUACAUGAUACAUCGGUCAGAUAUCUCAGAUUCUGCAUAUUUCAUAAAUUACGAAAUCAUUGUGUUUCUCAGGGGAAAUAAAAAAAUAAGGCUACACGUUGCAAGAAACUUACUGCGCGUCAUUUCUCGCUUAUGACGUCACAAAACAAAUAUAGCUAGCGAAGGGAGGCGAGCCUUAAAGAAAAUCGGUAAAAAUCUCGAAAAUAGGUAUAACGAUUUCAUGAUUGUAAAGAAAAAUGUAACUCCGAUUUAUGCUUCCAUUGCGAACGAACUUGCGAUGCGUAGAAUAGAGACACAGGGACUUCAGUAGAUUAGGUCACUAACAGGGAUGUCUAUGGACGAAGAAGCCCGGCUGAGUUUAAUCAUCACCGGGGUUACCGCGGGGUUGCGUCAAAUAUUCCGUGAAAGUCCAUGAAUUAUUCUCGAGAAACUCGUCCCGAUAAGAUCUACGCGAGAAAUGUUAUGUCUGAUGUACAAAGCGUUGGAAUUUUCGUUUUUGCGAAAGCAAAAGCGAACGUGUUGUUUUCUCGUUAUUACGUGUUUCCCCCGAUAAUUCAUUCUCCGCGUUAAUGUAAAACGUCCGAAAGUUUGCUUUAUACUUCCGAUUAUACACAGAGAAUAUCGCAGCAAGGCUAUAUGGUCGUGAUUAUGUAAUUUAUAUUUUCUACGAGAAUUAUACUUUUAUCAAAAAGUUAUAUACCUAUCAUAUAUUUGUAUUAUCAACCGUAUAUACUUAGCGACACGCGACACUUCCAUGCGUUUCCCCGCAAACUUAGGAUUAAGCCGAAUGCGAUUAUAUUUCUCUCUCUUUCUCUCUCUGUUUUUAUAAGAUAGAUUUUUACCCUAUCCUUUCAUAUAUGUUGCGAUCGACAAAUUCGAUGCUCCGUUAGAUUUAAUUACACGAGAUAAUUUUUAAACGGAAACUAUCAAUUAUUCUAAUCACUCGUUAGAGCGCGAAGAGAAUGUGACGUGUAAAUUUUCGUGAUAGAAAUAAAAAAAAGAGAAUCAUUGACAGAUUGAAAACUUAGCGAAGUGACCGGUUGUUGAAGAAUCAUCUAUUGGCCAAUUGAUUUGUUAACGGAGAAAAAAAAUGAUAAGUGAUUAUACUAACGAGUUAAAAUAUUAGUAACUGACAAUUUGAUACCUUAUGAAGAUCUAAUUGCAAUAAUCUCUCAGCAAACAACUAACAGUGAUAUAACAUCAGUGGUAUAAUUUCUCAACAUUGUAACGUUAACGCGCAUUAUGUUGCAUUUACAUUGUUGAGCGGGAAAUUGUAACAUUGAUGUUAUGUUAGUUGGUGUUUACUGAGCCUGUAAAUAUUGUCGAAAGCGCUAGAAAUUCACCUCUGUUAACACACUAAUCAACUACUGUAAUUACUUAUUUAAAAAUAAGUGAUUAUGGUAUUUAGUUAAAAUAUAGAAAGCUCAUUGACAAAUCGUAAGUUUAGACGGCUUCGUCUAGUGGUUGAAAAAUACUCCACUGAUAAGCUAAUCGUUUAUUAAUGAAGAAAAUGACAACCAAUUACGAUAGCCGGUCAAGAUGAAGGGGUUCAAUUAAUAAGAGUUUAUUCGAAUGUCGCGACUAGAAAGAAGUUCCUCGAACUUCUGAGGAUUUUCAAAAGGUUGCCAAUAAACGAUUUAACGAUA